AUUUUUAUUUAAUAUUUUGAUUGACAGGUUUUCAGAUGCAUUGGCUGCUCUUUGUCUUUGCUGUCAUCUCUUGCCAAGAAGAUUCUCUGUCUUUGGUCUCAUCAAAAUUUCAUCUUUCCAACAUAACUCAGUUGACCAACUCAAUAACCCAAGCCAAGCCUCCCCCUCUUUCUUUGUCUCAUAGCAAUUAGCCUCUUCAAAGCCUGAAACUUCUAUAUAUUUAUUUUAAUCCCAUAUAAAUCCUUUUCUUUUACAAACCUAAAGUUUGAUUCUUUUUUCAUCAAAUCUCUCAGUAGAUUCCUGAGUCACUAUCUUGUGUUGGUGAUUUUGGGUGUUACAAGUGAAACCAGAUGGGUUCUUGCCUGACGAAAAGCAAAGACUCGAAGCCAAAGCAUAAUGGGUAUGGAUCAGGACCGACAACUACGGCUGCUGUGCACCAACAAAGGUACCAGGAGCCUGUUAGGCCUGCACCAGUUCAAUCCCAAUUCCACCACAUCCCUGAAAAACCAGGUACUCAAACAUCUUGGAAGCCAGUGGCUCCAUCACCAAGCCCCAAGCCUGUUGCCCCAAGGGUUGACACCAUUCUUGGUAAACCAUUUGAAGAUAUAAGGAUGCACUACACAAUUGGUAAAGAAUUAGGGAAAGGUCAGUUUGGUGUGACUUAUCUUUGUAUUGAAAAUUCAACUGGAAAGCAAUAUGCUUGCAAGACCAUAUCCAAAAAGAAAUUAGUCACGAGGAAUGAUAAGGAGGAUAUGAGAAGGGAGAUACAAAUUAUGCAGCAUUUGAGUGGACAGCCUAAUAUUGUGGAGUUUAAAGGUGCAUAUGAGGAUAAGCUAUCUGUUCACCUUGUAAUGGAAUUAUGUGCUGGUGGUGAAUUGUUUGAUAGGAUUAUUGCCAAGGGACAUUAUAGUGAAAGGGCAGCUGCUUCCAUUUGUAGGGCAAUUGUGAAUGUUGUCCAUGCUUGCCAUUUUAUGGGAGUGAUGCAUAGGGACCUUAAGCCUGAGAAUUUCUUGUUGUCUAGCAAGGGUGAGAAUGCUCUUUUGAAGGCCACCGAUUUCGGCUUGUCAGUGUUCAUUGAAGAUGGAAAGGUGUACAAGGAUAUAGUCGGGAGCGCGUACUAUGUUGCUCCUGAAGUAUUACUGCGUAAAUAUGGGAAAGAAAUCGAUAUUUGGAGUGCAGGGGUUAUAUUAUAUAUCUUACUCAGUGGUGUGCCUCCAUUUUGGGCAGAAACGGAGAAGGGGAUAUUCGAUGCUAUUUUAGAAGGAGAAAUUGACUUCGAAAGUCAACCAUGGCCUUCUAUUUCAGAGAGUGCCAAGGACCUAGUGCGCCGGAUGUUAACACAGGAUCCGAAAAAGCGGAUUACUUCUACUCAAGUCCUAGAGCAUCCAUGGAUAAGAGAGGGUGGAAGUGCAUCAGACAAGCCUAUAGAUAGUGCAGUCCUUUCUAGAAUGAAGCAAUUCAGAAGAAUGAACAAACUAAAGCAACUUGCCUUAAAGGUCAUUGCGGAAAAUCUUUCUAGCGAAGAAAUCCAGGGUCUGAAGCAAAUGUUUGCAAACAUCGACACUGACAACAGUGGCACGAUCACCUAUGAAGAACUUAAGACUGGAUUAGCUCGACUUGGAUCAAAGCUCACAGAGGCAGAGGUGCAGCAACUAAUGGAAGCUGCUGACGUGGAUGGAAAUGGUAGUAUUGAUUACAUUGAAUUCAUCACUGCUACAAUGCAUAGACAUAGGCUUGAAAGAGAUGAACAUCUUUAUAAAGCUUUUCAACAUUUUGAUAAGGACAACAGUGGGUAUAUCACAAGAGAUGAGCUAGAAGCAGCCAUGAAAGAAUACGGAAUGGGUGAUGAUGACACAAUCAAGGAAAUAAUAUCCGAAGUUGACACCGACAAUGACGGCAAGAUCAACUACGAGGAGUUCCGGGACAUGAUGAGAAGCGGAACCCAACACACACAACUCUUUUAAAUUUUAUACACGACACUGGACUUGCAGAAAUCAGCUAAAAGGUUCCCCCCAAAUGUAGUGCAAAAUGACUUUCUAAGAGAUGGUGUAGGCAGUCAAUUACAUGACUUUCUCUGGUUUGGUUUUUCAUUUUGAGUGUAAUAUAUUCACAUAUGGUUUUUUAUCGACGGAUUUUGAGAAGAGAGAUUAAACUUAUGGUUUCUCAGAGCUAGGAAAACUCAAACCCAUGAAUGCACAGCAUAUUAUGUUGAUUUCCAUUUGUUUAAAGUAAAUAUUGAACCUACCUCCA